AUGGCCAACUCGGACGCACAGCUGAUGGAUGUAGAUAACGUCGACAUCCAGGUAGCCCAGGAGGUCGAUUUUGACCAGGCUUCCACAUCCGCUGCAGCCGCGCGAUCAGAGCCGGUGGCUCGUGCCUCCUCCCUUCCGCCCGUGCUUACUCCUUCUGACAUUGAAGUGGGUUAUGUUUACUCAUCAAAAAUGAUGAUGCAUAGGCGCUCUCAUGGCCAUCACGAAGAACAACCAGAGCGCAUCAAGCGCAUCUUCGACAUCCUCAAGGAAGAAAAAUGUCUCGCAAGAAUGAGGCGCCUUCCAAUUAGACCUGUCCUUCGCGAAGAAGCCUUACUCGUACAUAGCGAAGCACUUUGGGACAAGGUGCUCUCAGUACACUGCAUGACCGAGCAAGACAUAGUAGACUCCGCAUCCUACUAUGAAGAGCUCUCCCUUUACGUGCACCAGAGCACCCCAUAUUGUGCACAAAUCAGUGCGGGAGGAGUCAUAGAAGCGGCUCUUGCGGUAGCGCGUGGCGAGGUUAAGAAAUCAUUCGCAAUUGUACGCCCCCCGGGACACCACGCUGAGCCAGAUGAACAUAUGGGCUUCUGUUUCUUCAACAACGUCUCAAUAGCUACAAAAGUAGUGCAGCUGAGAACGGCUCUCAAGAGGGUCAUGAUUCUAGAUUGGGAUGUUCAUCAUGGGAAUGGGACACAGCGCGCGUUCUACGAUGAUCCUUCCGUACUCUAUGUCUCACUUCAUCGCUAUGAGGGGGGUUUUUACUACCCAAACGGACCUUUUGGCAGCAUGGUAUCGUGUGGUACUGGGGCAGGCCUUGGCUAUUCCGUAAAUAUCCCGUGGCCAGAAAAGGGCAUGGGGGAUGCGGACUACAUCCUCGCUUUUCAGAAAGUCGUUAUGCCCAUAGCGCUAGAAUUUGCUCCAGAGCUUGUCAUCAUCUCUGCAGGAUUUGAUGCUGCGGAGGGUGAUACGUUGGGGGAAUGUCAUGUAUCCCCCGCGGGUUAUGCUCACAUGACGCAUAUGCUUUCUUCGCUUGCAAGCGGCAAACUUGUGGUCGCCCUUGAAGGCGGGUACAAUCUCGAUGCAAUCUCUGUGUCUGCGCUAGCUGUGGCCCGAGUUAUUCUUGGCGAAGUCCCUCCUCAAUUAGAACCCAUGGUCGCCUCGGAAGUUGCGACAGAGACUAUCUGGCAUGUCGCAAGAGAACAGAGCAAAUAUUGGAAGAACGUCGAUCCUAAGGCUUGUGAGCCGAUCGAAGAAAUGGAGCCAAUCUCAUUCUCCAUACCUGAAUUGCUUAAGGCACACAGACAGGACUACUUGUUUAGAACACACAGCAUGCUGGAAGUGCCUCUGAUGUCGCAAGGUCUCAUUGAGCGAUUCAGUGGGCAGGUGACCUGCACAUCUGACAUUAUGGAAAAUGAAACGCUGGUAGUUUUCGUGCAUGAAUUCGGAAACCUAAGAGUAGAAUUGGACUCAGUCACCCACUGCAAUGUUCGCCUGGAGCACUCGUACUUGGUCGAUUUUUCGAAAGAGUUGAUUGGUUGGGCAAAGGGUGCCGGAUAUGCUUUGUUGGACGUCAAUGUUUACCCUAAGCCUUUUGCGAAGACUAAAACGCGUAAUCCGGAUAGUCCAGCAGGAGAUGCGAUGGUUUACCUAUGGGACAAUUAUAUUCAACUGUCAGCGGCUCGGCGAGUUGUGCUGGUGGGGCAUGGACCUGGAUGUGCAGCUCUUACGGAAUUGAUGCGUCAGCGAUUUGUGGGCCACAUAGCGGCGAAUAUCAUGCAAUGUGUGAAUGCUGUUGUUCAAGUCGUUGGUAAUCAUCAUGUGCCAUUUAUACCAAGUGAUCAAUCCAAUCUUCGCAAGUGGUAUUAUAAGAACUCUUUGGUUAUCGUCCCUUCGAAUCACAGCAUCUUCCGGGAUGCGGUGCUGUCAAAAAAGCAUGGUAGUAUUGUUCGGACAGACGAAACAAAAGCAAUCCUGCUUAUAACGAAAGCAAUGCCCGUGAUAACCGAAUUUGUAGCACGUCAACUAUCGUCCACGCCUGAUUUAAAUGGAAAUCCCUAG